AUGCUUGACCUGAAUAGUAAAGUUGUUUUGCCAAACAAAAAAGAGCUCGAAUUCUUUAAACAAAACAGUUUGUCUAACUGGAGUUUCAAAGAUUUUAUGCAACAUUGUCAACUUAAAAAUCGCAUGUCCUUAAAAAUUGAUAAAGUAAUUAAUCAGUAUAAACUAUGUCUCAACAACAUAAAGCAAUGUGUACAAGACAACGAUGUGAAAAGAUAUGUUGAAAAUUUAUUGGAAGAGAUCAAUAAUAAACCCACUGAAGACCCAUCAAAAACUACCGUCAACCAUAUCCAUUAUGUCAACUACGGAACUACUAACGUAAUGGAAGCACAUAGCGCAAUAACAGUUGAACAAUACGACAAGAAAAGAAAAGUUACUGAGGAUCCACAAACAUCUUUAACAGAGGCACAAUUGGAAGUAUUACCAACAACACACUCUAAUCUAUCUUUGUCACCAGAACAUUACGAUCCAUCACUUUAUGAUCCGUGGGAAGAUACAGAAAGUGAAGAAGAAAUAGUAGUAGAAGAAGAUAUUGAGAUGAAUGUCUGGGAUAUAUGGAAGAAAAUCCUUGAUACUAUGCAGAGAGAUGGUGAUAUCAAUAAGUAUAGCUUGGAACAUUUAAACAUUAUUCAACUUGGAAACAAGCUUGGCUCCAGGAUAACACGAGAAUAUUACCCCAAAAAUUUAAUCAAAAAAACUGGACUCACAUUUGAAGAGAUAUCGUGCUCAUUCAUUAAAGAUAAUAGAUUCUACAAUAACAUAUUUGAUACUAUCGCUCUUUCGGAUGAGUUUUCCUCAAAUAAAGUACUGGUUGAAACGGCCUCGCCUGUAUUUAACGUCAGUGGAUUGUUUAUUGACGAUAGUGAUGUUUAUAAUAACGAAACAAGUUACAACUACUAUAUUCUGUGGCCAAUUCUAAACUCUUUAUCAAAAUCAAUCCAGAAUACUAAGUUUUCAUUAGGUGAAAAGAGAUCAGACGCUGUUUCCCAGGAGCUAAAUUUGAUCUACGAUGACAAUCGACAUUUCUAUAAUGCUGAUGGUAUCAUUUCAAAUACAGAAAGUGAGAUCGAAAUAGCAAUCUUGGAAACAACAGUUCCCUUACUUUAA